AUGGCAACACCACGGCCAGUUUCUGAACAAUAUAAUCUUCAAACACAAACACAACAAAAGUCAGGAUCCAAUCCUCAAUACAGAAUGUCAGCAGAUUUAUCACAUUUAGGUGGCCAACAAGCCACCAACCAUAGAGGCUCUCGCCCAACCUCCGAAGUAUUCCCCACUAACAAUCACAACUCAUAUCAGUCACCUGAAGCUGAAGCAAUUGAUAAAUGGUUUGAAGAUCUUCAACACUACGAACAAACUCUUGAAGAAAUGGCAACGGCAAGUUUAGAUGAAACUUUUAAAGAAGAAUUAAAAGCUAUUGAACAAUGGUUUCGUGUGUUAUCGGAAGCUGAAAGGACAGCUGCUUUAUUCAGUCUGCUUCAGCAUUCAACUCAAGUACAAAUAAGGUUUUUCAUAACUGUUUUACAACAGAUGGCUAGAAAUGAUCCAAUGGGUGCUCUUUUAUCACCAGCAAAUCCUGAGAAAGAUUUAAUGCAAGCGCAAUUAUCAGGUGCAAUUAAAACAGAAGCAAUGUCACUAAAAUCACCAACCAGUCAAACAUAUCCACGUCGUCUUUACGAUAGACAUUCCGGUGUAGACUUCCUAUCGCCCGAAGCCGCCAUUUAUACAGAUCCUGCCGUGGCAUUGGCACAAAAAAGAGCAAGACUUCAAGCAAAUACCGGUAAUCGUUCUGCAACUUUAUUUCAAACAAGACCAAAAUCGAUGAUAUCAGAAACAGAUCCAAGUCUAUGGAAUUCCUCAGUUGCACAAACUCCUACAACUGCCAAUUCUGACCGUACAACUAAUGGUAGACCAAAAUCAGCCGACCUUAGUGCUUGGACCCCAAGUUACUCUAUACAUUCGCCUAGACCUGGUGCUUUUGAUGCUGAAUUAUCACCGUUAGUAGGCGGUAGUUGGGCUAGUAUGGUUCCGACGCCGGUUGUGCCAAUGUUUGCCGAAAAUAAAAACAAACAAGCUGCAGAUGCAGAAUUGGUCAAUAAGAAACUUGCAAAUUGGAAUUUAAGUAAUAGCUCAGGCAAUAGAAUUGUUUUGGAAAGUGAUGUUAAAAAAUCACCUCAACAAUCUCCAAUGCCAAGCCCAAAUAUUGUUGGUUCAAGACAAGGUUCAAGGCCACCAUCACCAAACCAUCAUCACAACAAUCAAUAUCAAGCUCAUCAUGGUGGGUGGUCGGCAUCAAAUGGAAAAGGUGGUAGUGGAACACAUUUAGCACCACCACCUAAUCUAGUACGUGUCGGUAGCGAUGAAAAUAACGGUUAUCAUAGCGAUCAUAGUGAUGCUUCACAUAAUGCUGGUAAUAAUAAUAAUAAACCAAAGGGUCAUGAUGUUCCUGCAUGGCUUAGAAGUCUUCGAUUGCAUAAAUAUACGCAGGUAUUUGAAGGAAUGAAAUGGCAAGAUAUUAUUGAAUUGGAUGAUCCAACAUUAGAACAGAAAGGUGUGGCAGCACUCGGAGCUCGACGAAAGAUGAUUAAAGAAUUUGAUAAAGUUAAAGAAGCAAUGAAAGAAAAUGGCUUAAGUGCAGCACCGUCGUCAUGA